GAAGCAAGUACAGGCUGGGCAGUUUAUAUUCACUCGACCCAGAGCUCUCCUCCCCCCACAACACCUUCAGAGCCUCAUUCCCUCGUCUGUGACAGGCAAAGACAAAUGGUGCAACCCAAGAAGAAGUUUCGUGGAGUCAGGCAGCGCCACUGGGGCUCCUGGGUCUCCGAGAUCAGACACCCCCUCCUUAAGAGGAGGGUGUGGCUUGGUACCUUUGAAACGGCGGAGGAGGCCGCACGGGCCUAUGAUGAGGCCGCCAUCUUGAUGAGCGGGCGGAAUGCCAAGACUAACUUCCCCGUGCAGAGGAGUGGCACUGGUGAUCCUGCCCCAGCUGCAGUCCGCGAUGUUCGUGGUGGUGGCAGCAGCGGUGGGAGUUCCUCCUCGACGAGCAACCUAUCCCAGAUUCUCAGUGCCAAGCUUCGCAAGUGCUGCAAGGCGCCAUCUCCGUCCCUGACUUGCCUUCGCCUCGACACCGAGAAGUCCCACAUUGGUGUCUGGCAGAAGCGCGCGGGAGCCCGUGCCGACUCCAGCUGGGUCAUGACCGUGGAGCUCAACAAAAGGGCGGCGCCAUCCGGCGAUGCAGUGGUGGUACAGUCCACCGUAUCAGCAGCCACAGCAUCUUCACCGGUGAGUACAAUGGAUGACGAGGAGAGGCUAACACUGCAGAUGAUCGAGGAGCUGCUGAGCAGGAGCGGUCCAGCUUCACCUUCACAUGGAGAGGAUGAAGGCAGCUUCGUGGUCUGAAAAAGCAUGGGCGAAACAGCAUAGCGAGGUCGCCGUCUGAGAUCAGGAUCCUGUAGGCUGGUUGGUACACAAGCAGUUCAGGUUGAUUCAGUAAGAUAGAUAUGUCUAUUACUCACAAAAAAUUAUAAGUUUGCAAUUGUGUGCAGCUAUAUAUAUGUACUUACGUUGUUAUUAUAUACUCAGUCACAGUCAAGAUGCUUUAUUACA